UAUUAUUCUAAGUGUGUGUGUGUGUGUGUGUGUGUGUGUGUGUGUGUGUGUGUGUGUGUGUGUGUGUUUGUUUCUUCCCCUAAUCACAUUUAUCACUUGUAUACUUAACAAUUUCUCUUUUUAUUUCCUUGUCUCAUCUUUACUAUAACAAAACCAAACAAUACUUUCUGUCCUUAUUUUUCUCCCCUCUCUUAUCUUCUCUCUUCCUAAUCUUUGUACACAGUCCACAUCGUUAACACCGCCUAAGUAUUUUUUAACACCUUGGAAGCUAAAAUAGUAAACAUGACCCUUAUUAACGUAGUAAUUUGGGAAGAGACACGAAAAAAAUUGAUACAAGAUGAAGUUAGAGAAAGAGACAGCGAAAGAUUAUUAAGAAGCAAACCACGCGGUCUCUCUCUCUCUCUCUCUCUCUGAACCAGUCUCCCUCUCUCUCUCUCUCCCCGUCUCUCUCAGUCCCUCUCUCCCUCUCCCUCAGUUGCUCCCGGACAGUGAAGGUGGAAGGGUGUGUGUCUCCUCGGUCCCCACUCUCUCCUCGCGUUAACCUUUGUGCUCUUAAUAGCGUCACUUCCUUCUCCAGUUUCUUCGUGUAACUUGAACCUAACCUUCAGAAGCUCUUCAUUCUCUUAACUUUCCUUUUUUUCUCCUUCAUCUUACCUUCUCUCUUUCGUGGCUCUCUCUACCCUCUCACUUCUCUCUCUCACUCUCUCUCUACCCAGGAUCUUCAGACCAGCUGGUGUAUUUCACAGGUCCUAAAUUUGAGUUGUGUAAUUUAGAACGGUUAAAUAUGUUAGUGACUCAAGAUGUUAAAGUUUAAGGCUCCGGGUGGGGGAGGUGAAGGAUGGUGAGUGAUGUAAGUGGGGGAAUAGUGAGGGAAAAAAAAGAAAAAGGUAAAUAUUCUGAUGUUUCAAGGAUGCGUGGAGAUAUGAAGGGGUUAAAUUUGAUGGGGAAACUAAAAAAAAAGAAAAAAAAUGAAAAGAAAACUGAUAUAUAAAAAAAAGUGUGAAAGUAAGGUAAAAAUUUGUCAUGUUUCAAGGAUACGUAAGGGUAUUAAAGGGUUGAACUGUAUGGGAAUCUCGGAAAUGAUACGGCAAUGAAGGGAUUUGUUAUAAAAAAAAAAGUUGAAUUAUGUGGUUUACUGAAGAUACGUGAACCGGGGGGAAAAAAAAGGUUGAAUUUUAUGAUUAAGAACAGAUGUGAACAUUUUUAAAGGAUUGGUAUGGAAACUGAUGAAGAAAUGUGAAAAGAAAUGGUCAAAACGAUUCAUGAAGGGGUAAAGGAUUAGAUUUGAUGGGAAACUGGAAAAAAAAGGAAAAUUUGAUAAAAUGUGAAAAAAAUAGGCAGUUUUGUCAUGGUUCAAGGUUACAUGAAGCGAUUAAGAGUUUAGAUUUGAUGGGAAACUAAGAAGUAAUGUAAAAAAAAAGAAGGGUUUAGUAUGAAUAGUGAAUUAAUGUGAAAAUAUAGUGUAUGGUAUAAAAUAACUGAUGAAAUUAUGUGAAAAAUAGUAAAAAUUGUGACAUUUCAAGGAUUCGUGAAGGAUAGAAGGAUAGAUUUGAGGGAAAACUAAGAAAUUAUGUAAAAACUAAAGUACAUGUUGUAAAAAAACGAUUAAUGUGUAAUAUUAUGAAGAUACGUGUAAAAAAUGGUUGAUAUUUGAUGGGAAACUUAAAAAAUAGUGAAAAUUAAAGGACAAGAUAUGAAAAGUUGAUAAAUUUAUGAUGUUCUGUAGAUACGUGAAGGGAAAAGAGUUUUAAUUUUAUUGGAACCUAAGAAAUAGUGUAAGAAUUAAAAGAUUUUGAAUGAAAACUAAUGAAAAGAUGUGAAAGUAAAAAAGUAUGAUACGAAGUGGUUAAUAAAUGAAAAAAAAAGAAAAAAAAUCUUAUGAUAUUUGUGAUCUUCCAGGAACACAUGAAGGGAAAAAGUUAAAAUUUGAUGGGAAACUUAGAAAAUGAUGUAAGAAUUAAAAGAUUUGGUGUGAACAGUUAUGAAAAAUGUGAAAAAGAACUUAGAUUUGUGAUGUUUUAAGGAUACAUAAAGGGAAAAAAUUAUAAAUAACAAAAAAAAAAAAAAAACGAAGAAAUGACACAGUCACUGGAUAAAUAUAGACACACAACAAAAUAAUAAAAAAAAGGGUUAUGACUGAAAGCGAAACAGUGAUAAACGUGUAUAACCAAGAAAAUAAAUCAAUAAAAGCAGGAAUACAGAAGAAAAGUAAGAUAUUGUAUGAAAAGAAAGGAAAAUAACGAGGAAAUUAAUAGAUAAGAAAAAAUAGCAAAGUGAGAAAAAGAAAGAAGAGGAAUAUGAAAGAAAUUUGAGAUAUGCAAGAGAAAAUUCAGUAAUAACGAGAAAACAGUGAGUAGAUAAGGAAAUAUAGAAGAUUUAAAAUGAGGAAGAAAGAAGAGGAAUAAGGGAAACGAUACAACAUUGAUGAAGAAAACGAAAUAAGAAAAUAAACAAAAGAAAGAAAACGAAAGAGAAAUAAAAAAAUGCAAAUAAUAGAAAAACACGAAGUAGAAAAUAAAUAGAAGAGAAAGGAGGACAGAGAGAGAGAGAGAGAGAGAGAGAGAGAGAGAGAGAGAGAGAGAGAGAGAGAGAGAGAGAGAGAGAGAGAGAGAGAGAAUAUCACCCCACUUCUCUCGCCAAGUUAAGUGAAACAAGCCAUGAAUAAGAAACAAGAGAACUAUUUUAAACUCCUCUCUUCUUCUUCUUCUUCUUCUUCUCUUCUUUCUCUUCUUCCUCCUCCGUGAAGAAGAGGAAGAGAUGAUGCGAUAGAACAACAUUGUGACGUCUAAAUUGAACAGGCAUCCCCGUCAGAAGAUGCGAAAGUUAACUAAACUUCGCCCUAAACUCCUCCUUGCCCUGGUGGUUCUGGCGGUCCUGGUGACACUCCUGGGGCCUUACAGCUACACCCCACGCCUGCUGGACGCCCACACGUCCUCCCCACCGCCUGCAAUACAUGUAUCCUUAGACACGGAGGGAGAUACCGAGGGAGGAAGCAAAAAUGAAACACGACAGGUUUCCCUUGCAGAAACUCGUGCUGAGGAGACAGUGGAAGGGAUGCAAAUCCUGCAGGAGCCCUUACCAGUGUCCCAGGAGUCCUACAUACAGAAUCCACCGCCGAAGGACUGGGUGGAGGUGAAGAAAACGAAGCCAAAGGUGAAGCCGAUGGGGCGUGCGGCAGGAAGGGCUAAGGCGAUGAGCAGCGGACAGAAGGAUGCAGCUGCGGCCUUGAAAGUUUUAGGAUUCUUGCCGAAGGAUUUGCAGAACAGAGCCCAAACGUUCCCUGAGGAUUCUCCCCUAAGACAGUUUCUGGCGGAGCAGGAGAGGCGGGUCAGUCACGUGGCCGCUACCUGUCGGUCCUUCCAGCCCAGCCUCGCGGACAUUGUGGCAGGAAGUAGAGGUCCUCCCGCUGGCCUGCUGUCGAUUAAACACCUCAUAUACGACAGGGUAAACCAGCUCACUUUCUGUCCAGUAUAUAAAGCAGCCAGCACGUCUUGGACCAUCACAAUGCUUCAGCUGGCGGGACUGUGGAACGCUAAGACCAAGGCGAUUCCCAUACAAAAACUGGUCCAUAUGUUCUACCCGAAGAUGACUGGCCUGGCUGCGGCGACGGUCACCACGAACACCACACACUUCAUGGUAGUGCGUCACCCUCUGCAGCGCCUUCUGUCUUGCUACCUCGACAAGUUCCAGUACGCAUCCAAAGAGUACUACUAUCACUUAUACGGAGAGAAGAUCAUUCAGAGGUACAGGGACUCACUCAUCGGUCUCUCAGGUCACCAGGUACAAAUUUACAAGGAGGAGGUGCGCGCGGCGAUGAGAAGAGCCGAGAACGAGGAGAAUGGCGGUGAUCUUGUCUCCCUCCCCGGUAACCCCUUCGCCACCCCACUUGGCCCUACCUUCCCUGAGUUUGUGGAUCACGUGGCACAGACGAGCUAUGAUGACGAACACUGGAGGAGCUACGCCUCUCACUGCGUCCCCUGCACCCUCUCCUACGAGUUUGUGUUGAGGUUCGAAUCUCUGACUGAGGAAAACAAAUGGUUCCUCGAGUACCUGAACCGCAGCGGGGAGGUAGCGCCGCGAUGGGACAAUCCGAACCCUAGCGGGGACACGACGAAGCUCUCCUGUGAAUACUACAACCAGCUCACCCUGAAGCAGAUUGACGCCCUUAUUGCCAAGUACAAGAAGGAUCUAUUGCUUUAUGAAUACGAUGCGAAGGGUCAUAGAAAAUGUGCCAAAGAUUAUAUAGAGGAAAAUGAGGUUAGAUCAGUCAUCCCGUUAGUAAAUGAUGAUAGAGAACUGAAUGAAAAUGGUGUUAGGUUAGAUGAUUUGAAUGCUAACACGAAGCAGAAUGAAAAUGAAGAUGUAUUAGAUGUUUGGGGUGUCUCUGCUAGUAAUGCUGCCAGUGAGACACAUAAGGCAAGUGAAUAUAUCAAAUUGUUAACUUAAAUGAGGUUAAUUAGGUUAUAUGCACUAAAUAGUAAAGUAUGUUUAUUUUUUUACUCUCAGGAAGCUGUAAGAAGAGUUUCGUGUUUUUUUUUUAUUUCGUUUUUUUUUUUUUUUUUAGGCUUGUAUCCAUUUUACUGUGCCUUAUUUACGUUCUUUAUAACCUUUUUUUUUUUAUAAUUUUUACUCUAUCAUUAAUAUUUCCUACAACUCCUUACUAUCAUCUCUACUAUUUUUCAUUAUCCCUUUUAUUCUACUAUUUUAUCUUUAUUGCUGUUCUUCCUUGUCAUUGUAAUCAAAACUAAACGAAAGGUAAAUUUUUUUUUUAUCUUAAACUUACUAAAUUAUUACAUUUCUUUUUGUCUUUGUGGUUGUAGUUGUGAUGCGUGUGUAGUUUUUAAGAAUGUACGUGCCUUAAUUAAAUAUUGGGUCUUAUUGGGUUAUUUAAGGGGUUUAACAUGGGAAAAGGGAUUGUUUUAUUUAUUUAUUUACAUUUUUUUAAGUAUUGCGGCAUCUGUUUUGUUAAUUUAGGGGUUUUUUUGGAGAAUUUACGUGCCUUAAUUAAAUGUUUUCCUGUUUUUCAGUGGGGUCUUUAAUGGGGAAGGAUUGUUAAUAUUUUUUUUUUUAAGUAUUAAGCCGUGUUUUGUUACUUUGGGUGUUUUUUGGCAGUUUUUGUUAAUGUUUGGAUAGUUUAAUUUUUAUUCUUUGUUAUCAAUAGGGAAAACGUACCAGGAUUAUUAAAAUUACCUACUAAUUUUAAGGCUGGGUAAAAUCUCUCUCUCUCUCUCUCUCUCUCUCUCUCUCUCUCUCUCUCUCUCUCUCUCUCUCUCUCUCUCUCUCUCUCUCUCUCUCUCUCUCUCUCUCUCAUGUUUUAUAUAAUGGUAAGAAUCGGCUGUGAAGUUACUAACCUAACCUAAACCUAACCUACAAAUGAAAAUGUUAAAGUUAUUUCAACAUUAUAAAAAAAAAUAAUAAAAAAAAACGAAAUAUAAAAAGAAAAAUAUGUGAACACUUGUCUAAGCAUCUCAUCAACGUGGCCUUUGAAAAUAAAAUGUGAGUAAAAGUGUUUUAAGACUACAGAAUAAAAAGUUGGCUAUUCUGAAAAUACCAAUGGACUGAAAUGAACGGUUCUGAAAAUCGACAUCUGAAAAUAUUGAUGCACUGAAGCUGACAGUGUUUGAAAUUUGAACUUAACGCUUUCACUGCUAUAAUUAUCGUACAUCGACACUCAAAGCACAGUAAAGAAAAACUAUAUUUGCAUGGGUACAGAAAAGACGGAAUAGAUAGUAGCUAACACCCCCUUUUUCUAACCUACACUAUUAUAUAUUUAAGCUGUCGUGGGGAAGUGAAAAAUGUAGACGAUUGGGAAAAUAUUGAGUACCAGUGGAAAGGUUAACUAAAGAUCAUGCUGGUCUUUCUAUAAAAUAUUUCUCUCGUGCUGUAGGGAAAUUAUGCACCAAAACAUGACGUGAGUAAAGACAUUCCUUGGUAGCUGCAGUGCGUGUGUUGGGAAGGCGAAGAUAAGGGUCAGUGUGUGUGUGUGUGUGUGUGUGUGUGUGUGUGUGUCGUGGCUGAGUCAUUCCCGCAGCUAAGUGUUCAGUGAAGUGUCAGGGGAAUGAAUGCUCGGGUCCUCAAGGCUGGUAAUUGCUCAUGAAAGUGUAGUGUUUUAUAAAUUGAAAAUAGAUUUACAGUGAAUCUCUCUCUCUCUCUCUCUCUCUCUCUCUCUCUCUCUCUCUCUCUCUCUCUCUCUCUCUCUCUCUCUCUCUCUCUCUCUGAAAAUAAUGUGUUUUUGCAAGCUGGUGAGUGUUUAAAGGAAUGUUCUUUAUGAAAAUCAAUUGAAAGUGUUCAUUUAUGUUUAUUUUUACUUAUAGAUGUAAGUGGUAGAGAAAAGCGUGUUUUAUAAAUGAAAAAUAGUUUAAAAACUUAUUUCUUGAAGUGAAAAUGGUAGGAAAUGUUGUUUUGAAGAUGAAAGUAACUGGAAAAAUGCGGUGCUUUGAAAAUAUUUAACUUCUUAUGGAAUUCGAAUAUCUUUAAAAAUGUAGCACUUUAAAAAUAAAACACUAGAGAUAAAAAAAAAACAUGUAAUAGUUUUAAGGAUGGAAACAACUGUAAAAAUUUUCGUUUUUUUUUUUUUUUUUGUUUAUUUCUUCUUUUACUUUUUAUUAUUUUUAUUUCAUGGACGUAUUUAACUGAACGGCAAUAACAGCAACAUUAAUAAUAAAACUAAUGAAAAAGCAUACGAGCCUUCAGUAGUUAUAGUGAAGUUGACAAAAUAUGGGAUGUUUUUGUUGUACUAUAUUCAAGAAAUGGUGGUCUAAUAAACAAAUGCACGUGAAGAAAACGGAAACUCGCGUGGCAGAAAAUAAUUGAGUUGGGGGUAAACUUUUUUGCACUGCUCGUUUUCUUUGUAAUUCAAACCUCGAUAAAUUGUUGGUUUUAUUGCAGUCUUGUGAUUAUGGUUGCUUUUUUUAUGGUGUGUUUUCUUAGUUUUCUUGAUUUCUUUUGUAUUUCAGUGUGUGUGUGUGUGUGUGUGUGUGUGUGUGUGUGUUUCUUUUGUUGGAUUGGUUUGAGUAUUUCACUUUUUUUCGCCUUUGUGUUCUUCUAGUCAUAUUUUUUGAUAGUUUUAUUGAUUUUUAGGUGUUAUUUUUUAUACAGCUUUUUUCAUUUUUCAUUUGUUUCGUUUUUUACCGUUUUAUGCACUGUUCACUUUUUAUUCAAUAUUUUUCGUUUAUAUUUUCAUUUUCAUUCCCAUUUCUUACAUUUUUCAUUAAUAUUUUCACAUGCGAUUUUAAGAAGAUCACCAUAUUAUCAUCAUUAUUGUUGCUAUUAUCAUUUUACUUAUUUAUUUAUUUUUUUAUGAUGCACAAAAACAGGUAAAAGAAAAUGAAACACUUAUUUGAGUCACAACGUGCUGGUUAUGGGUUCCAAUAUAUAUAUACUUAAUCACCCUUCUAUCUCAUUCCUCCCUGCAACCUCUCAUUGAAAAGGGGAAGGAGGCAGCACUUAUUUUGUCUCAUUUAGCUAACUUUUCCCCUUUACUUCAAACUUUAACACUUUCACUGUGAUGUGCAACUAUUUACACUACGAAAAACAAGGCAUACAAGCUUUAUAAACACUUAGAAUGAAAGAUGAUGACAAUGAAUAGAUUUUGCAAUGUCUAACGAGGUGAAAUAUUCCAUAGUGGUUAGUGAUUAGAUGUAAGUGUACUAAAUAGCAGUGAAUGAGUUAAUGAAGCAAUACCCACGAAAGUCAGCACAGGUGAAAGCUUGCUGGGGUGGUAAGCUGAGAUGCAAAGCUGAGGUGAACGUUGAAAUCUGAGGAACAACGUGAAUUUGGCAACCUGGCAGUGAGAAGAAAAGGUGUAUGUUGAUAGAUGGAGAUGGAGUCAUAAUAAGCAGCGUGCAAGCAGAGAAGCGCAAUUGUGAAAGCUUUUUUGCAUUGAGGUUUUGUAUGCUUCAGCUGGCGUCACCCGUCGCUGAUACACGGUGAGCCAAAAGUCAAUACCACAUUUUAAACGUUUAUUGUGAGAAAACAAAGUAAAACA